GCGACGAGAUCCUGCGGAAAAAUUUUUAACGCCAUUCACAUUUGGGAGUUCGUUCAGUGAUCACAGCCAUCGACUGUGUUUUAGUGCUACUUAUCGCCUUUUUUAAACUAUAACCACCACGGUGAUCAGUGUGUGAAGCACGUGUGUGAAACAAUGGAGAACUUUAAAUUGUAUCAUCAAGCUACUCAGGAACAAAAGAAUCAGAUGAUGUUGGACGUCAAUGUUUUACCAGGACAUUAUGGAUUGCAUCAGUCGCGGCAAGCCAGUCCUCCACAAUCACCAAAUACUACAACACAACAAUAUAUCAAAGAUUGUCAUAGUCCGUCGUCACCUGACUCAAAAUUAAAUUCAUCAUCGUCAAGCAUGCAGAAUGAUCCAAACAUCAGAAGAUAUCGUACUGCGUUUACAAGAGAUCAACUGGGACGAUUGGAGAAAGAAUUUUAUAAAGAAAAUUAUGUUUCAAGACCGCGCAGAUGUGAAUUGGCAGCACAGUUGAAUCUUCCAGAAAGCACAAUUAAAGUGUGGUUCCAAAACCGUCGCAUGAAAGACAAACGUCAACGCAUGGCAAUUGCGUGGCCAUACGCCGCAGUCUACACAGAUCCAGCUUUCGCCGCCUCGUUGCUCCAAGCGGCGGCAUCAACACUCCCAUUGCAUUAUCCGCCGCCACCACCAGUGUAUCCGCACCACUAUGCGCGUUACCACCCGUAUCAACCGUUCUCCAGUAUUCCGACACACCCGCCGUUGCCCAACCCAUCGAUGCUCAACCCGGCCACGGCGAUGAUGUCGAACAAUCAGUCGCUCAAUCUCAACCUCGGCGGGUUAGACUUCCAGAACUAUCCAGGCAAAUUUGACAUGGCUAACUCAACGCCAUCAACUACAACAGGCGCUACAAACAAAGUGAUGAACUCGCCAAUCAGUCCCGGCAACAGUGACAUCAGUCUUAGUCCUGCUCCAGAGAAUAGCACACAAGGUUUACUUAUACCUGCAAAAUUAUCCCCGCAGACGACAACACUUCAUCAACCGCAAGAGAAACCAAAACUUUUUAAACCGUACAAAUCAGAAUCUUAAGAUUUGAUGGUUUUAAACAUUUUAAAUGCAAAACAAUUUACUGUGUUUCUAACAAGUGCAUACUUAUUUAUAUUUAUAGUUUUUUUUUUAUUUGUGGCGUAGUGAACACUGAUUUAAAAGUUGAGUAAGUUAGUAAAGUGUAAAGUUAUACCAUAAAAAAGGUGAAAAUGUUGGAAUUGUAACCACCACACUCACACUGUAUAUUAAUUGUACAACCUUAGGAAUUUUAAUGAUAAUAAGCUAAUAAGGAUUUAAAUACACUACAUAUUUAUUAAUUAUUAUUGAUUCAUUUAGUAUUA